GCACAAUUCAACAACGCACGGCGAUGACCACCGAAAGCGCCUGGUCUCCAUCUUCGUGGAGGAAGUUUCCCAUCAAGCACCAGCCGCCGUACCCCAAUGAAAAGGAUCUGGACGUGGUCGUGGACAAGUUGAAGGGCCUCCCGCCGCUUGUCUCGGUGCAAGAAGUUGACCGACUGCGUCUUCAAUUGGCUGAAGUCGCGGAAGGCAAGCGCUUUGUUUUGCAAGGCGGCGAUUGCGCAGAGAGUUUCAGCGAUUGCCAGGCGGACAUCAUUGAGAAGAAACUGCGCAUCAUGAUGCAGAUGAGUCUCGUCUUGGUCUGGGGCGCUCGCAUGCCAACGACUCGUGUGGCACGCAUGGCCGGACAGUUCUCCAAACCUCGCUCGCAAGCAACAGAAGUCAUUGAUGGAGAACACGUGUGCACGUUCCGUGGCGAAAACGUGAACGGAUUCAACAAGGACGAUCGAACGCCGGACCCGAGCCGUCUCUUGGAAGGGUACUUCCACAGCGCUGCCACGCUCAACUACGGUCGUCUCUUGCUCGACAACGGGUUUGCCGACAUCCACGACGCCGCGAAGUGGGAGCUCGGGUUUGUCCAGAACUCUGUCCGACGUGAAGAGUACGCGCACAUGGUGGAAGCGAUCCAGGACAGUCUGCACUUUGUCCACACUUGCGGUGUCGGCGCCGACACUAGCUUGAAGACAAUGGACUUGUUCGUGUCGCACGAAGGAUUGGGCUUGGGCUAUGAAGAAGCCAUGACCCGCCAAGUCAACGGUCAGUACUACAACUUGGGCACGGACUUUUUGUGGAUUGGAGACCGCACGAGGCAACUGGACCAUGCCCAUGUCGAGUACUUUCGUGGAAUUGCCAACCCGAUCGGGGUCAAGGUCGGCCCGUCGACGCCACCUGACGAACUGGUCGAGCUCGUCCGCACGUUGUGGCCAAAUCCUGACCUCACGCCUGGGAAAAUUACGCUCAUCACGCGUUACGGCGACGACAAGGUGGAAACGCUCUUGCCCAUACAUAUUGCCGCGAUCCAGGCGGCCGGGCUCAAGGUCGUGUGGUCGUGCGACCCUUGCCACGGCAAUACGAUUACGACCCCUAACGGCUACAAGACGCGCCCGUUUGCUCGGAUUCUGUCGGAAGUUCAGCAGACUGUCAUGAUCCACCAGCGCAUGGGCAGCUACCUCGGCGGCGUGCACAUUGAGCUGACGGGCGAAAACGUGACGGAAUGCACGGGUGGACCGGAAGGCCUCAGCGCAGCGGACUUGCCCGAGCGGUACACGACGAUGUGCGACCCUCGGCUCAACUACAGCCAGAGCAUGGAGGUCGCGUUCCUCUUGGCCAAGUACCUGAAGAACCAGAACAAGGUCGCAAAGAAGUAGACGGACGGACAUUCGGUCGUUGUUGUUGUGUACUUGUUAUUAAACGGGACUCGCACCAACACGUUGACUUUACAAAUGCGACGUGGCCUGCCG